GGGCCAGGGAGAGAGCCCCGAGGGAGAGGCUCCCGAGCCGGGCCGUGGGAGCAUGUGGGCCCGGAGCGGGGCGCGAGGCGCGCUGCUGCUGGCGCUGCUGCUCUGCUGGGACCCGAGGCUGAGCCAAGCAGGCUCUGACGUGGGCAGCGAGGUGCUCCCUGACUCCUUCCCGUCGGCGCCGGCCGAGCCGCUGCCCCACUUCCUGCAGGAGCCACAAGACGCCUACAUCGUGAAGAACAAGCCCGUGGAGCUGCGCUGCCGCGCCUUCCCCGCUACGCAGAUCUACUUCAAGUGCAACGGCGAGUGGGUCAGCCAGAACGACCACAUCACACAGGAGGGCCUGGAUGAGGCCACUGGCCUGCGGGUGCGAGAGGUACAGAUCGAGGUGUCGCGGCAGCAGGUGGAGGAGCUCUUUGGGCUGGAGGAUUACUGGUGCCAGUGUGUGGCCUGGAGCUCCGCGGGCACCACCAAGAGUCGCCGGGCCUACGUCCGCAUCGCCUACCUGCGCAAGAACUUCGACCAGGAGCCUCUGGGCAAGGAAGUGCCCCUGGACCAUGAGGUUCUCCUGCAGUGCCGCCCGCCCGAGGGAGUGCCUGUGGCCGAGGUGGAAUGGCUCAAGAA